AUGGAAAGCGCCACGAGGAUCAUGGCGGUCCUGGCUCUCGGGCUGCUAGCACUCCUCUGCGCUGCCGGCCCAGCCGCCGCGCAGAACUGCGGCUGCCAGCCAGGCUACUGCUGCAGCCAGGUGUCGCUCGGGCCCGUGCCACUCAGGGGGGGCGGCGGCGGCGGUGGAGGUAGCGGCGCGAACGUGGCUAGCGUCGUUACCGACGCGUUCUUCAACGGCAUCAAGAACCAGGCCCCGAACUCGUGCGAGGGCAAGAACUUCUACACGCGAAGCGCGUUCCUGAACGCCGUCAACGCGUACCCCGGCUUCGCCCAUGGCGGCUCGGAGGUGGAGGGCAAGCGCGAGAUCGCCGCCUUCUUCGCGCACGUUACGCACGAGACCGGACAUUUCUGCUACAUCAACGAGAUCAACGGCGCGAGCAGGAACUACUGCGACGCGAACAACAGGCAGUGGCCAUGCGUCCCGGGGAAGAAGUACUACGGGCGCGGCCCGCUGCAGAUCUCGUGGAACUACAACUACGGGCCUGCAGGGAGGGACAUCGGCUUCAACGGGCUCGGGAACCCGGACAAGGUGGCGCAGGACCCCGUGAUUUCGUUCAAGACUGCGCUCUGGUUCUGGAUGAACAACGUACACCAGGUUAUGCCGCAGGGGUUCGGUGCCACUAUCAGGGCCAUCAACGGCGCCCUCGAGUGCAACGGCAAGAAUCCCGCCGCGGUGAACGCGCGGGUGGGCUACUACAAAGACUACUGCAAGCAGUUCGGUGUCGACCCGGGGAACAACCUCACCUGCUAG